AUGUCCUGCUACAUGGGCCAGGAGCCGGACCCCUUCAGCGGUAGGUACCGCUGGGUGAUCCCUGUAAAGAACCCCUGUCAGUGCAAGGAGGUACACGUGGGUUCACUCAACACCCGAGCACCCAGCAGACCCUUCAAUGUGACCUACUAUGACACCUUCUUGCGAAGCAGCGAUCCAAUGGAGAUCGGAACAUUUCUGAACUGCACCCAGACUGGUACCGCAUCUUCGGAUUACCCUGUGAUCAACGAGCAUGGAGCACGUUGGAGAUUGUUCUGGUGGUGGACUGGUACCGUUUGGCCGGGUAAAGACGUUGUCAAUGAUGUAUUGCAAGAUGAAUAUGGCGACUGUGAGUCUAGCGCCCCCUAUUGUUUCAGUCGGCUGCCUGGAGAACUGCAGGAAUCCUCGUCAGAGAUGCUGGGCAUAGAUUCAGCUGGGAACGUGUACAGGUGGACGUUCAAUCCUAGUAAUGACGUAGCACACGCUGUGUGGCAGGCAUUCCACGAUCACCAGGAAACCAAGGUCACAGAUGGAAACGAAUGGAGUCCGGUUACUGUGGCUGGACUGGCACCUAUAAAAAGACAAGACAGUUUCCACUAUCGCGAGGAGCACGGAGUCAAGUCUCUCCAGAUUGACGACGACAAUUGUGACUGUUACACGUCACUGAGUCUCGGCCACGGCAUGUGCUUCGACGGUCACACCCCCGGUUCAGAAAACGUGUAUGGUGUGGAUCUGCUGUAUGACAUCGACUGCCAAGAGCCAAUACCGUCAAACAGUCUGCGUUUGUACUUCAGAGACGAUGAUGAGUGUGCUACCGUUACAUGCCCUAUCGGGUACCACUGCGUCGAUGGUGUCAACUCCUUCACUUGCGUACCUAGUAAAGAAUAAGUGUAAAGUUAUGUUGCGUAAAACUGUUGUGUAAAAAAAAUGUGUCAUUUCUGCUCAAUAUUGAGCAAAAUGAACAUUUCGCUUGUGCCUCCUACUUGUGUCAAAUGUGUUACACAUU